AGUCUAGCCCAUGUGGACAGAGCAGGGCAGGACGGGGCAGGACAGGGCAGGGCAGGACAGGGCAGGGCAGGACAGGGCAGGGCAGGGCAGGACAGGGCAGGGCAGGGCAGGGCAGGACAGGGCAGGGCAGGGCAGGGCAGGGCAGGACAGGGCAGGGCAGGACAGGACAGGGCAGGACAGGGCAGGACAGGACGGGACAGGACGGGGCAGGACAGGGCAGGGCAGGACGGGGCAGGACAGUGCAGGGCAGGGCAGGGCAGGGCAGGGCUGGGCAGGGCAGGGCGGGACAGGACACGGCAGGGCAGGACAGGGCAGGGCAGGGCAGGACAGGACAGGACGGGGCAGGACGGGGCAGGACAGGGCAGGGCAGGACAGGGCAGGGCAGGGCAGGACAGGGCAGGACAAGGCAGGGCAGGGCAGGGCAAAGCAGGGCAGGGCAUGGCAUGGAUGGGGGGGGGGGGGGGGGGGGGGGGGGGGGGGGGGGUUUGGGUUGGCGCGAGGAGGGGAGGAUGGGUGCGGGGCUGUGUGGUUCCAUGGGCUUUAAAACCCGCGGCCCAAAUUGUUCAUACGCACUGCGUAUGAACUGUGAGCCUCGG